AUGCUUAUUUCCCGUUCUGUUACCUCCAUUCUAUUCCUGGCCUUGGGGCUAUCUAGUCUGGUGACCGCAAACAAACCAGAAGACAAGACCAAGACAUGUAUUGUCAAAACCGGAGGAAAUGCGGCAGUCGAUGAUGCGCCAGCUAUAUACGACGCUUUUCAUGAAUGUGGACAAAACGGUCGUGUUGUAUUCUCCAAUACUACGUACUACAUUAACAGUGUGAUGAACACGAGUCAUUUACACAACUGUGAGAUUGAUAUCUACGGUACUUUGUUGUGGGGAACGAAUCUAACCUACUGGUUAAACAAUUCUCUCCCAGUCGGAUAUCAGAAUCAAUCAACGGCAUGGGUUCUAGGCGGGACCGAUAUCAAAGUUGACGGUCAUGGAUAUGGAACUUUGAACGGUAAUGGUGAUUCUUGGUAUGCUGCAUAUGGGGGUGUAUCCAACAAAGCUGGUCGUCCGCUUGCAUUGACGAUUGCGAACACGACAAACCUCGACUUCAGAGGGGUACAGUUUAUUCGUAGUCAGAUGUGGAGCAUGGCGAUUAUACGCACACACAAUGCUGUGUUUGAUUCGAUCUAUGUCAAUAAUACUUCCACUGCUGGGAAACGAUACGGCAAUAGCGACGGAGCAAACACCAUCUACAGCUCCCACAUAACCUUCAACAACUGGACGGUCGACAACGGCGACGACAGCAUAAGCCUAAAAGCAAACUCAACGGAUAUCUCCAUCACAAACAGUAAUUUCUACCAUGGCCUGGGCAUCGCAAUCGGGAGUAUUGGACAAUACAAAGGUGCCUUUGAGACGAUUCAACGCGCCCAUGCAAAGAACAAUUAUUUCUACAAGACUACGCAUGCGGCGUACUUUAAGACCUGGACUGGCGAGCAGGUUGGAUAUCCGCCUAACGGUGGCGGCGGUGGUCUGGGCUUCGCCUCCGACCUCGUCUUCGAAAACAUGACCCUCAAUUCCCUCUCCAACACACCCUUCACAAUCUCGCAAUGCACCACCUUCAGCGGCACAGCCGGAAACUGCUCAUCAUCCGAGUUUCAAAUCAAAGACAUAGUAUGGGCGUCAACGACAGGAACAACUAGCUCCGUCGAUGUGGCCAGUUUCCAGUGCAGUGCUGUCAAGCCAUGCACCAAUCUGACGAUUGAGGAUGUGAGUUUGACUACGGUUUCGACUGGCGAUGUGACGAGAAAACUCGGUAUCGUCACCGGCGGCUCGCGAGGAAUCGGCGAGGCAGUCGUUAGACGGCUAGCAGCCAAAGGCUGCAAUAUCCUGAUCGUCUACACAUCGAACUCAUCCAAAGACCUCACAAACAAAAUCUCAUCCGAACUCUCAACAACACACAAGGUCCACAUUUCCAGCGUACAAGCAGAUCUUACUGAUCCUGCCGGCGCAACCCCCAAAAUUGUUGAUGCCGCAAAAGAAUUAUACAAAUCAUACACUUCUGGUAGCGACAAAGAAUUGCAAGUCGAUAUCCUGAUCAACAAUGCUGGUGUUGGAUCCAACCAGUUCCUGAACGAUGCGACAAAAGGGCCGAUUGAUGCCGCGGAGUACAAUCGCGUGUACAAUGUCAACGUACUCGCACCGCUGCUACUAACGCAGGCUCUUGCCCCGUUCUUGCCGACGGAUCGCUCAGGCAGAAUUGUGAAUGUAUCCAGUGUCUCAUCCUCAAUCGGAUACGAAGGUCAAUCCGUCUACGCCGGCACAAAAGCAGCCCUGGAGGCAAUGACGCGUUGCUGGAGUCGCGAAUUGUACGGCAAGGCUACAGUCAAUGCGGUCAACCCUGGCCCCGCCUGGGGUGAUAUGUAUGCACAGGCAGGCGAGAAAUUUUGGAAAAUUAAUCAGCCUUAUGUCGAUGCUGCGCCUUUGGCUGCAUAUGAUGGGGAAGAGGAUAUGUUGAAGGCCGCCGGUGAUGAUGCGGAGAGGUUUGAUAAGACAGUUAGAGAAGGGAUGGGUGGUAGAAGGCCUGGAUUUACGAGUGAGAUUGCGGGAACGAUUGUUAUGUUGUGCACGGAGGAGAGUGGGUGGACUACUGGUAGUGUGGUCUGUGCGAAUGGUGGUAUGAAAAUGUCUAUUGCAUAG